AUGUGCGCAUGCGCGGACCGGACAGACCGAAACCAGAUCCAGAUGGCUUCAUCCAUGAGCGGCAUGUUCUCCGGCCAGCAGCCGCCCGGUGCGCAUCCCGUCGGGGGUCCCGGUGGACCGGGCCAGCCGGGCUUCCCCGGUACCGCUACCAGAGCCCCGGGAAACAACACGCUGGUGGAUGAACUGGAAGCUUCCUUCGAGGCUUGUUUUGCAUCUCUAGUAAGCCAGGACUACGUUAAUGGAACUGACCAGGAGGAGAUCCGAACUGGUGUUGACCAGUGUAUACAGAAGUUUCUGGACGUGGCUCGACAGACAGAGUGUUUCUUCUUACAGAAAAGGCUUCAAUUAUCUGUGCAGAAACCAGAGCAGGUGGUGAAAGAGGAUGUGUCAGAAUUACGUAACGAGCUACAGAGAAAAGAAUUGCUGGUUCAGAAACAUUUGUCCAAACUGCACCACUGGCAACAAGUGCUGGAGGACGUGAGCGUUCAGCACCGCAAACCAUCAGACCUCCCUCCUCCUGGACCGCUGGCCUUUCUGGAGCAGGCCUCUGCAAGCCUGCCCCCGGCCCCUUUAAAACCAAACUAACACACGAAAGGUGGACUCCCAUCAGUCUUCUGUUGAAAGACAUUAACCUACAACACAAGUCGGCACGAAACAGGAAACACACAUUUGCGUUCACCACGUGACGGGAGAUGGAGGGAAUAUUUUCAGAAGUGUGACGUACCAACCUAAGAGAAAACUAACAGUCUGGUGUCACUGCCCAACUGUGGGAAAAUAGUUUUAUUCCAACUUUUCUUUUCAGUAUUUUGAUUCAUGUAAAUAUUUCUGUUGUUGACUUUUUUACUGUAAAAAUAAAACAGCUGAGUAUUUUGACUCCACUUGAUUAUGUUUAUCUUAUUGUACAGUGCAUCAUUUUUGUGUUUGAAAACAGAAUUUAAAGGGGUAUUCCACUGUUUUUAACCAUGAACAUGAGU